AUGGCACGAUCUCUGGAGACAUACGACUUACUCUCGUUUGACUGCUACGGUACUCUCGUCGACUGGGAGGGCGGAAUAGUCCAAGGCUUAAAACCAUUGCUUGAUCGCUUAGACAAGCAACAUCCCUUAAAAGAUGACAAGAUCGCAAUCUUGCAACGUUACAAGCAUCACGAAGGUCGCAUUCAGGAAGCAUUCCCAACUCUGAAAUACGCAUCGAUAUUAUCCAAGGUCUACGAAGAAUUGGCCUCUGAAUGGGACCUCAGAGAAACAAUCACCGACAACGAGAGUGUAGCGUUUGGGGCCAGUAUCGGAUCCUGGCCUGCGUUCCCCGAUACUCUGCCAGCGCUACGCGAACUUCAGAACCAUUUCAAGCUGGUCAUCCUGUCCAACGUUGACAAGGAAUCAUUCAGCAAGACGCUUACUGGUCCGCUGGGAGGUUUCAAAUUCGAUGCCACCUACAUUGCCGAAGAAAUCGGAUCUUACAAGCCGGACCUAAAUAACUUUCAGUAUCUCGUACAACAUUGCGAAAGAGAUCUCCAAGUUCCGAAGGAGAAGAUCUUGCAUACCGCAUAUGCUUUGGUUCAUGACCUGGUUCCGGCACAGAAGUUGGGACUGGGUACUUGCUGGAUAGAGAGGAAACCGAAUGCGAUGGGCGGGGAACUGUCGCAAGUCCAGGGUCAGCUAUCGCUAGACUUUCAGUUCAGAUCACUGGGGGAUAUGGCGGAUGCAAUACGCGAUCUCGAAUAG